UUCUAUUCAAGGACAAAUAUAUAUUCUGCUGGAAAAGUGCUUUUCUAUUGUUAUCGAGCGUUUUCUUAUUCGUCUAAAGAAAAGGACUAUGUUCAAACAGUUAAAGUUAAAAUAGCGAUUCCCGUAGAAUAGUCGACAAACAAGCUAGAGAACAGGUAUCAGUUUAAAAGUAAUCGAAGCCAUGUUGAGGGAUCUGUUACAGAGACCUAUCGGAAGAACAAUGUAUUCGCUGAUGUAGGCGACCAAAGAAUGAUCCUCUCUCUUUCACCCUCCUUAUUCUUCCUUCUUUGCAUUUUGUGAAAAAGGAUACGGUAUGCAGUUUUCCCCCUUAGAAUCUAUUCGUCAUUCUCCCAUACCAUUUACGAACUUACCGAAUUUCUUACCUGAAUGACUGGCUUCUUACCUAAACUCGCUAAAAAGGUAUAUUACACCGGAGUCGGUUUGCGGAGGGUAGUAGAAUUCCUAGAACUAGCGACACCUGUCUAAGAUACUAAUUUUGAACGUUUCUUCUCAAAUGUACCUGAAACAUUCCACUUGUAUUUUAUCUUUAUCUCUUUCUCUCUUUUUUUUAUGCAUUCAAUUUCUAAAAAACUAACCGGUUUUUAUUGAUAAUCGGAUCGAACGUGCAAGAGGUCAAUAUACCGGGCUACGAUCGAUGAUGAUUAUUAAUAGCGCAAUUCGUGUCAAAAAAUCGACCUCGUGUCGAUCGUUGUCUUAUUUAUGGAAUGACAUUUGCCUGUCCAAGAAGAGAUUAAUAAUAAUUCCGAAUAAAAACAUCGAUUUCAGAGAAGCUCUUUAUUGUCGUCAAUUAAAUUUCGCGUUUUCGCCAAAGUAAAAUAGUACUUUUAAUAUAUUUUGUUAGAAUAUUAUAACGAACGUUCUCGAUUUAUAUAUUCAUUUGUCUCCGUUUUCAUCGAAGUGAUGCUGUUGUCUUCUUUUUCCGCUGCAUUCUUUAAUUCGAUAAACAAUUUCGUUUCGCUCGAUUCUCGUAGGACAUUUAAUUAACGUAGAAGACCAAUAUUUUGAAAAUAUCAAAUGACCUCGACGUGCAAUGCGAUACGUAGUGACGAUAUAUCGAGGCAAAAAAAUGUCGUUUGUAUUAUAACGAUGGAAUGUGCAAUUGAAUUUUGUUUCGAGUUGAUUAUUCAAAUUCUUAUAACGUUAAGGAGGUAGGUAGACGAUAGAUUCAACGUGUCCAUUCAUAAAAACAAAAAGAAACAGAAAUAGAAACAAGAAGAGGCAUUUCCGUAUCUCGUUUUCCUCUCACUUCAGAGAUCUCUGCGUUAAGUUGUGAACGAAGUGCGCGAGUCGCACGUGCUUCGUGUUGCCAAGCGUGUAAGUGGGUAAGGAAAAAAAGAGAAAGAAAGAAAGAAGCGACAGUGUUCUUGAGAGAGAGAGAGAGAGAGAGAGAGAGAGAGAGAGAGAGAGAGAGAGAGAGAGAGAGAGAGAGAGAGAGAGAGAGAGAGAGAGAGAGAAUACGAAGGUACGAUUCGUCGCGCGAAAAUGCGACCACGUAGGAAAUUCAAAAGCGAAAGAUCACGACGAAUGAUGGCGAAGAAAGGAAACAAACGAACGACGGACGUAGCUCGGCAAACGUAGCCAACUUCUUCUUCUCUGAAUAAUUUUACUUCUGUUACACGCGUAACGAGCCGACGAAUGGUUCUUCUGUGUUAUAUAUUGCGUGUGUUACGCGUACAUACCUGUAAGAAGUCUCCUACUUCGUUCGACGGAAGAAGAUAGAGAAAGAGAGGGAAGGACGGAGAGAAAGAGAGACGGGGGAGGAGAAUCAGCGUGGAAAGGGUGGGAGAGAGUAAAAGAGAGGGGCGCGAAAGCGAAGAAGGACGCGAUACAAUGGUGAAGAAUCUCUGGGAGGGUAGGACGAUGGGUAAGGCGAGCCGAGCCAAGCGAUUCGUGACGCGGCACGGCACGGGACAAGGGAGGGUAAAGGCAAGGCAAACACCGUGAGUCAGAGCCAAAGUAGGAAGUUAGCCAGGACAUUUUGUUAGAGGUUCGAAACAGUUCAAGAAGAUACAAGUGUUUAUCUAAGAAAAGAUCUUUUGGAGGAGGAUGCUUGGCAGUUGGGGUUGGGAAGAAGUAUUGGAGUUGGGAGAGGGAACAACACCCCUGUUACAAAACUGUCAGAGAAGAGAAAGUCCAGAUUCGACACAUCCUGUUCCAGAUAGUCGGGUGCUGAGGUAUGCUCCCAGCCGAUGUCACCCCCCCGCCAGCGUCAAUUCAUCACAGUACAGCUUGCAGCCUCCUCUCGACUGUACAGACUAGCAGCGUGAGGUGGCAAAAAUGCUGACUGCUCAUUCUGAGAUGCAUGAAAAACGAGGUCCCUUAGGAGGUGGACAAUAUGGAGCAGGCGGGGGUGGUGGCAAUUCGAUUGAAGAGAAAUGUAUUCAAGAACAACCACCCCCGCCUCCUGCUCCUCCACAAAGGGAUCCAUCAGAUCCAACAAUUAGCGCUAAAAAACUUCCAAAGAAACGAAAAUUUGAUCCAUCGGAACUCGAAGAAAUGGAUAAAUGUAGUAAUGUAACAAGCAACGUUAAUAAUAUGAUAAAUACGCGUGCACCAAACGUAUCUAUUGCUUGUUUAGUUCAACAUUCAAGUUUGGCUAAUCGACAGUCUCCGCAACAACAAGAAGCAGACUGUUACCAAGUGUCAACACCAUCGGUGGUAGUUUUACCUCCUCAGAGUACAGCUGUAGAUUAUUCUUUAAGAGAAGAACCUAUGCGUGCUCGUCCUCGACCUGCUACGGUUGCUAUUGAUCUCAGUGAGUGGCGUGACCACAGAGUGUUAGCUUUAAGGGAUUCAUGUUAUUAUCCAGGUGUUAUUCGUAAUGUGAUUCAUGGAGAGAUUCUCAUAGAAUUUGAUGGAGAAAGGAAGUUAGUGCGUUAUAGUGAUGUUUUAGGUGCAGGAAGGUAUGAUGUGAUAGGGGAUGCUAGCCCAUCUUUAGGGCAAGUGACUUUAGAUGCAAAAGUUUGCAUUAGAUGUCCAACAGCAAAUAGUCACAUAGACGCAUUAACUAAAGUGUUUGUGAAAGGGACAGUGUGCAAGAUAUUAACAAAGCCUAAUCGUUUUGUUGUUAAAAUACCAAGAGAAGACGAUCAGAGUGAUAGUUAUGUAGUGAAACGUGCAGACCUGCGUUUGGUGCAACCUCCUUGGUGGGAUGAAUUAGAAGAAGGACUGGAAGAUAUUGACUCUAACAGAGUUGAAGCAGUUGAUCAUGGAUAUAGAAAUUCUGUGGAAGCUUCAACAGCAGUGUCAAUUUUACAACUCCAUCAUACUCCUCACCAUGCAUCUCAUAUAUCUACGCAUAAUGACACAACUGGUUAUUAUAGAACAACUGGUACUAGUCCUCUUAUGACAUUAGGGACUCUUGCACAUUCUGCUAGUACAGCAUUAAGUAACGGAAGCCGACCAUAUGACGAACUAGAAAGUGAAGAUGAUUUGGAUAGAGAAAAUAUUACAUUUCCUUCAGAUGCUGAUGCAAAAUUAUCAGGGAGUAGUAAACGAAGCAGUAUGCAGAGCAGAGGAAGUACCAGCAGUUUAGUUGAGCAACGCAGUAUAACACCGCGUUCUCAGGCAGCCACACCCAGAUCUCAGGCGGCUACGCCACAUAAGUAUAAAAAGGGUGAUGUAGUGUCUAUGCCCAACGGAAUUAUGAAAAAAUUCAAUGGGAAACAGUGGCGUAGACUUUGUGGUAAAGAAGGAUGUUUAAAAGAAAGUCAAAGGAGAGGAUUCUGUUCCCGACAUCUCAAUCUGAAAGGAUCUUGCCUUAGAGGCCCGACAAAUGCGUUCCCUGGUGGAAAAAUUGAUGGAGAAGAAACAUCAAGAGGUUCUGAUACUUCUCCAAACUAUGGAGAUAGAAGAAUCGCAGGACGCUUUGAUCAAGAUGAGACUGAAGCUGCUAACAUGCUUGUAUCUUUAGGAAGCUCUAGAUCAGCUACACCAGCCUUUUCAUCGCCAACAGGUCAAUCUUCCAUAUCACCGUGUAUAAAUCAGUCUCCAGUACCACCGUUAGGCCUUAACCAAAAUAAUGUAUUUAUGCCUAUUUCGAGUCCUGCACAUCAUGCAGCCCCCUUAAUCUCGCCUAGCGCAAAAUGGAAACAUUCUCCUACGCAGUCAAAUUUUUUGGUUCAAUAUCAGCAGCAAGUGAUUAAACCUGAACCAAAUCGAAUGGUUAGACCAAGUCGACCAGCUCCUACUGCUCCUGUUCCAGCAAGUAUAGGGACAAGUGUAAUAAGAAUCUCUCCAGUGAGUCGUGGAAUGCCUGGACAAAAUUUAACUUUGUCGUGGUCAGAACAAAGUCCACCACCAAGACAUCCAUCAGUCGUAACGUCUAUAGCUCAACAACAACAAGGAAUUAUAUUGCAGCAUGCGUUAACAUCAAGCAACAAUUUUCCUAAUCAUUCUGAAGUUCCUGAACAGAAUACACAACUUCUAAAACCAUCGCACUCACCUCAUAUGUCGUCUUUAUCUGCUCCGCCACCGCAAAAUUUGACUCUUCUACAUAAGCCACAAGAACAACCAGUUGAUUAUGCACAGACAGCACAGCCACAAAAUCAGCCAAUUUAUGUGAUGCAACAUCAGCACGAAAAGAAGUACCUUGUUAUAAAAAAUAAUAUAGAUAUCUCUACGGCAGGACAUAUAGGUAUUCAAGAUGAUAAAUAUAGACAAGGUUUAAUGAAUCAUUUGGCACAGCUUCCAGCAUCGUUACAUCAAAAUCAAUGUCAAUCAUCUCAGACUCCUGCUGUGUCCGUCCAUAUCGAUAAACUCUCUGUUUUACAACAAACUAAUAAGAUUGGGAUACAUACAUCCGCACAUAUGGAUGUACAAAGGAAUUCAGCACCAUCCACGAACGUUGUAAUGUCAGCCGCAACAGAAGUUACUAAUCCAUCAACUCCUACCAGUGUCUUCCAGCAUGUAAUCGUUCAGCCUGGACAUCUAAUACAGAUCCCGAAAGCUCAACCUCCUAGAGAAGAAAAUUCAAAAAAUAAUGGAGUCCUAUGUUUCACAGAUGGCAGCCAUGAUGUUCCUUCCGCAUACCAGCCCCAUCCCCCAUCAUUACUGAAUAAUGCAGUGCGCAACUGGAAAAAAGCUUUCUCCUGGCAAACAACAGUUUUGGAUCAAUCAGAGGUGAGUCCUCCACCAUCUGCUCUCAGUCCACCAUUAAGUGCACCACCGAUUCCGAUAAGUAUCAAUACAUCCGGCGAGGAUGGCUCAGCACCAGGUGCAGAUCAAAUUACUCCUGCUGAAGAAGAAGAUGAUGAUGUUUUUGAACCAGAACCGACAACACCCGCAGAGAUCGAAAUUAAUACUAAUAAAAGGCGUAGUCAAUCCCUUAGUGCUUUGCAUUCCAAGGAGCCACAGAGUCCACUAAAAACAAAGGAUAGAAUACGUCGACCUAUGAACGCAUUUAUGAUAUUUUCGAAACGGCAUCGCGCAGUUGUGCACCAAAGACAUCCGAAUCAAGAUAAUCGCACUGUUUCUAAGAUUUUGGGAGAAUGGUGGUAUGCUCUGGGUCCUGAAGAGAAACAAAAGUAUCAUGAUCUUGCGUCUGAAGUUAAGGAGGCACAUUUCAAAGCACACCCAGAUUGGAAAUGGUGUAGCAAGGAUAGAAGAAAAUCGUCCACAACAAGCUUUAAGGGUAGCGAUUCUAGAGGAAAAUUAAAUAGUACUGGAGAAGAAACAGAUAUGGGACCACCGACGGAAGAUGUACCUUUAACGCCAAGAGGAACAGACGAGGUGUCUGUUCCAGUUACGACGGUAUAUACGGAAACUCCUACUAUUGAGAUUAUUAAUCAGACACAUGCACCACAUCGUAUUUUGGACAUACCUUUACAAAUUGAUACUACCGAACCUGAAUCGAAACAAGACGAAGACGCUAAUGGAUCGGACGAUGAUCAAAUGGUUAUUUGCGAAGAUCCUCAACCAGAAAUAGAUUUGAAAUGUAAAGAUAAAUUGACUGAUAGUGACAAUGAUGCACAAGAGGAAGAUAUGGACAAAAAAUCUUUUAAUCAAUCGCAAUUUUCACCUGUUAGUGGACAAAAAAGAGAUGGAGUAAAUGUCAAACAGGAAAUAACUUGUAGACCUAAACCUAUAAAAGCACGAAUACCAUCAACAAGUAUAGAAACCACAACCAAGUAUCAUCAUACUUCCAUUGAUAAAGGUGGCACAGUAUCAGUUUUAUCAAGCACUUAUCCUUAUCAUAGCCCAAUAAAUCCAACAGGAGUAUCAGGAUUUCAACCUACGGGUGGUGCAUUUAUAACCAUGCCAGUGUCACCGAAAGUUAUAAAACCGGAACCAGUGAAAAAUGAACAACAAUAUAGCACUCAAUAUAGCAUGAGUAGUCUAGUAGCGAACAUUCAUACUGACAAUGGAAGAAACAUACCUAAAUUUACAGCUGCUCCUGUGCUACAUUCAAUUGGAACGAAACCUAUGAUGGCUCUGUUAAAACAACAGCAGCCGUUGCAGUCUUUAGCCACUACCGCUCAUCCCCUUACUUCUGCUGUCCCUUCUCAACCACCGUUCACUCUUACAUUGCUUGAUAACAAUUUGGUGGCUAUUUCCAAACCACAGCAGGGACCGCAGUACCUUGGCCCUACAACACCGCAUCCCCGGAUGUAUUGCGGCUUCAAUAUACCUAUCUCUGAUGCUGGAAGCCGCAAUAUAUCUUCGCAAAAUUUGAUCUCCGGUACCAAGGUUGAAGCACAAAGUGUUAUCGUGAGCAAACAUUAUCCAGUUUCUACAAAUUCUACAACAUCGCCUUAUAGAGGAAUCAGUCAUUCUAUCGCACGUUUAGCAGAAUCUGAUAAAAAUGAUACCCAAACAGCGUCGAAUCAUGCUCAAUUUUAUGGGAGCAAUAUAAAAAGUGAGCAAGAUAGGAAAGAUACAGGCAACGUUCUUCUAACAUCUUCAAAUGAUAAACUUAAACAACCACUUACACCACAUACACCGCAUACGCCUCAUAGCAGUCACAUUAAUAGUGAACAUUCAUCAAAUAAAUCAUAUUCUGUAGAUGAAGAUCCAAAUAGCGAUAUAGGAUCAAAUAAAGGUCCUUUUAUGCUAGCACCGACACCAGCUCAACUUGGAAGAGCACCAUUGCAAAGAAGACAAUUAAUGGCAAUGCCCUCCACAACAACCACAGGAGAACAUGGACUUUCAGUGUCUCAACAACGUUCUGACCAAAGUCGACCACAGGGAAAUACUUCUCAAUCUUCCGAAUCGAUGCAACAACAAAAUAUAUCGGAGUCUCGUACAUCCCCAUCCCCUUCAACUAAAAAAGGCUCCUUCUUCAAAAAGAAUGUCGAAGAUGGUAUGGAUAGGGUUCUUGAACAAGUAAAUUUUCAAGAGAAAUUUUCAUCGUUACCAGAAUUUAAACCGGAAGAUAUACAGAGCCCAAGUGCAAUCACUAUAAAUACUCCAGGUUCUUCUGGUCAUAGCACUGUUACUUCCGGAUUACACUCAUCAAAUUUACAAGCAUCGAUGCAAGGUUAUCGGAAGAAAUCUCAAGGACCUCAUAGAAGUAACUUAAACGAAGAUGAUAUUGAUUCUGAUGCGUCAGUAUCCGCUACACCGAAAUCAACUUCGAGUGUCAAAUUGACAGGAACUACAUUCUUUGGUCCAGAUUUUAAUAUCGACGCAUAUAGACUUAAUACAGAUAUAGCAGGGGAAGUAGAAGAUACUUCUCCGCGGACACCAAAAACGCCUGUAGGAGGUGUAGGAAAUGCAGUAGGGAUUGGUAGAAAUGAAAAUGAACGUGGUCAUAGGAGAAUGUUGGAACAACGGAGACAUCUUGUGAUGCAAUUAUUUCGGGAACAUGGAUAUUUCCCUUCAACACAUGCUACCUCUACGUUUCAAGCAAAACAUUCUGAUAUAUUUCCUAACAAGACGAGUUUACAAUUGAAAAUUAGAGAGGUCAGACAAAAAUUAAAAGCUAAUUCAACUCCGAUGAGUGCUAACAGUUUAGUUAGCCCGCUGCCUGUUUCUGAAUCCUCGCCUAAUGUGACUGGACCAUUGACUGCUCCUCCUACGUCGAUGGGAGCACCACAUUCACUGCCUGUAAGCAGUAGUGGUAGCUAGCGCCCACGUGCCAACUGUGAUACUGUGCAUCCCAUUACUCCACAACACGAGUAUAUCAUUAUACUUUGAAGAUGAAAGCGAUGGCUUGAUAAAAUCGCUAUUACGCCAUUUCUUCGGAAUAUGUAAAAUACAGCAAGGCUUUAGUGCAAUUAGAACCUUUGUGUAAUCUGGUGAAAAUAAGAUGUAGAUGAAAACAUGACGAAAGGCGACAAGGCGUGUUAAUAUCCAGGCAUCGGUAAUAUUUUUAUGUUGUAUAUAAUAUUGAACUACUAUCGACCGCUUUUUAAAGUCAUAUCAGUUAACUUAUUAUAUUAAUGCUUUCAAAUAUAUUCAUUUUUAUCGAAUACAAAAUGCUGGAUCAGAUAUUUGUACAACAGAUAAAUUACAAUAGGUUACUGAUUACAAUAUUUAUGACUAAAUUAGGUGUUAAAGAUUUAAUUAUUAUUACAGAUUUAAUAUACUUCUUACUGUUGUGAAAGAAGAUAAUCAAUUUAUUUGUAAUCAUAAUUUAAAGUACUUUUUAAUCCUUCUUGUUACUUAAUUUUUGUAACAAAAAAAAAAAAAAAAUAUGAAAUUCUCCCCAAAUACAUUGCCAAUCAACGAAAUUAUUUUAGUAAUUCUAAACAAUUUUAAUAAUCUGCAAUAGAAAAUGCUUGCAGAGUUUAUAAACGUUAAUAAUAAGCACGCAUGCUUUGUUAGGAAAAAGUACUCACUCUUUAGUAUUCUGUUAUUUCUAUAUUUUUGAGGAUUGUAAUUAUAUGGGUCAAUGAACAUCUGUAAAUAUUAUUAGUAAAGAACGCAAAAUCUCUCAAUGCGUAACAACAUUACACAUAUCUAUUAUAUUAUCCAAUUGUAAAAUUGUAUUCGAUUGUAAAAUCUAUUAUAAACAAUGAUGUGUAGAUAAGAUAUUGUAAAAAUUGGUUCUCAAUUUGACCGUUUAAUUAUUAUUCCCUAAAUAGCUAAUCACUUUGAUAAUAAUUGAUUGGCAAUGUGCGAAUAAAGGAAGGUAAUAUUACUCCACAUUCCAAACGCGCAGACUUGAUUUUAUGAAGCAGUCAGUAAUAAGUUUAUAAUAAGAUUUAAUAGUUAUUUUAUUAAAUCAUUACAUUUUAAUAUAAUUUCUCUGUGCAAUUUUGAAUAUUUAAUAAACGUUUGUAUAUUAACACGCCUUUACCAAAUCAUGAAAGGCCUAAGCCAUUGUUAAAUAUUGUUAAAGCUGCUAUAAUGAGAUCCAGUACAGAGAGAGAAUUGUAAUUGAAGAGUAUUAGGAUAACGAAACAUUAUAAUAUGAAAUCAGAGUUUAUAUACUUUAGUUAUACUUUAUAUAUGAUAAAGUUGGAAAAGAGAGAAAGCUAUAGAUUGAAAAACUGCGAUAAACGUUGCACAAAAUUUACCUGAUGCAGACAGCAAAUGUGUUUAUUUUACUUGUAAAUACUAUAGCAUGACUCGUGAUAGAAGGCAUCCAGAGAGUUUAAAAUAUCUAUAAUGCUGAGUCUUAAUAUUUUGAGAUAGUAGCAGGUCUUUGGUGAUUUGUAGGACAUAAAAUAGGAGGUAAAAACCGUGCCAUCGUAUGGCGACAAGCUGGAGAAAGCAUACGGUAUAAUUCCCUUGUUUGUUAAAAGUUAAUGAUAAGAUGACACUUGAUAUAGGUAAUAUGUAAUGUUUCCCAUAUUCUUGAAAGUACUUAUUUACCGUUUUUAGAGCUUUGCUGAAAUUCAACGCACUCAUAUAUAUAUGAUAUAUAUAUUUUAUCGGUCUUUUAAAAUGAUCUUUAUUUUUUUUCUUUUUUUUUUUUUUUUU